CGUUCGUCUUGUUGGCGGCAGUAAUGUAAAUAGAGGCCGGCUCGAAGUCUUCCUUGAGGGAAAAUGGGGCAUGGUUUGCGGCAACUCAUGGGGACUAAAGGAAGCUACGGUAGCUUGCCGAGAGAUGGGCUUCCCCAAUGCUACCAUGGUUACCAGAGGCAGGUCUCCUGGUAAUGAAACGCAGAAGAUCCACCGAUACGAUGUCAUGUGCUCUGGUCUUGAAAAUGAUCUUGAAAGUUGUCAGCGUAACAUGACAGGGAUACAUACCUGUGCACUUGACGAAGAUGUAGUGAUUGAAUGCACUGCAAGAGUUCGUUUAGCCGACGGUUCAAGCAUGACGAUUGGACGUGUUGAGGUAUAUGCUAACGGUGCCUGGGGAACCGUCUGUGAUGAUCAUUUUGACCUAACAGACGCCUACGUCAUCUGCCAGGAGCUGGGCUUUGGACGAACAGUUCAGUUCUUACCAGGAGCUCCUUUCGGCCAAGGUGAUGGGUUGGAGAUAAUGAUGGAUCAUCUUAGGUGCGAAGGAGAUGAAAAGACAGUGUUUGAGUGCAGACACAAUGGACUCGGGAUUCACAACUGUGAUCAUCGUGAAGAUGCCGGUGUACAAUGUGCUAAUGUACGUCUAGUUGAUGGUUUUAACGGUAAUGAAGGUCGACUGGAAGUCUUCCUCGACGGUGAAUGGGGCACGGUUUGUGGCCACUCAUGGGGACAACCGGAAGCUACGGUAGCUUGCCGACAGAUGGGAUUCCCUAAUGCAACCAUGGUGAUGAGAGGAAGGAUUUUUGGAAGUAGUAAACAGAGGAUUCAUCGAUACGAGAUCAGCUGCGCUGGUGUUGAGUAUGAUCUGGAGAGCUGCAUCUUAAAGGAAACAGGAAUUGGCUUUUGUACCCAUGACGAGGAGGUACAAAUUGUAUGUGCUCCACGAGUUCGUUUAGCUAACGGUUCAAGCACCAUGGAAGGACGUGUGGAGGUAUAUGCCAACGGUGCCUGGGGAACAGUCUGUGAUGACCAAUUUGGCAUUAGAGACGCCUCUGUCAUCUGUCAGGAACUGGGCUUUGGACGAGCAGUUCGCUUUCUAGCAGGAGCUGCCUUCGGCCAAGGUGAUAGGUUGGACAUAGUGAUAGAUGAUCUUGAGUGCAAAGGAGAUGAGAAGACAGUGUUUGAUUGCAGACACAAUGGACUUGGGACUCACAACUGCAGACAUCUUGAAGAUGCUGGAGUACAGUGCAUCAGUGUUCGUCUGGCUGGUGGGAGUGAUGUAAAUGAAGGCCGGCUUGAAGUUUUUCUUGACGGUAAAUGGGGCACAGUUUGUGGUAACUCGUGGAGACGGGAGGAAGCAACGGUGGCUUGCCGGCAGAUGGAGUUUCCUAAUGCCAUUGAGAUUGCACAAGGAGAGUAUUCUAACAACAGAAGCUUGCCGAUUCAUCCGCACAAGUUUGUGUGCACUGGCGUUGAAAACAGCCUAGAGCUCUGCCAACGUGUCGGGCGAAACAAUAAUUGUAGUUAUAGUGAGACGCUGGGAAUAGUGUGUGCCAAAAGAGUUCGUUUGGUGGAUAAAAUCAAUGCUAACGAAGGUCGCGUGGAAGUAUUUCUGGAAGGGUCCUGGAGGAAAGUCUGUGAUGACAACUGGGACCUGACUGGCGCUUCGGUCGUGUGCAAGGAACUGGGAUUCGAAGAAGCUCUCUCAACAACUGCCGUCCUUCAGAGGGGUGUUGAACACGAGGUUGUGACGGCUUACAGUCUGAAUUGUGUAGGCUAUGAGGAGGCAGUGAUCCAGUGCCAUUAUAAAGCUUCAUGGAAUUGCUUUCUCGAGGAAGCUGCCGAAGUUAGAUGCGCUUCCAAAUGUAGGCUUAACCCUGACACCGGAGGAGUCUUGAUGAUUGUAUCAGACCAGCGGGCUGUCUUCCAUCCUGGUGACUCUGUUGAAUACGAGUGUCUGGACGGAUACUAUCUCAGCGGCUCUCCUAAAAGGCUUUGUCGGUCAGACUUCACGUGGUCUGGGCAACCAGCGGUAUGCCACAAAGAUGUCUGUGUCAGCAGACCGUGUAUAAACGGUGGAAACUGUUCAAGCACGCCCUCUGGAUUUACCUGCCAGUGCCCUGCUGGCUACGAAGGGCCAGCGUGCGAAAUGGUUGCUCACUGCGUUCUUGCGCUCAACGAGUCGGAUCGGCUGAUGGUUGAAUCAGGCCAGCAGGCUGUCUACCUUCCUGGUGACUCAGUUGAGUAUGACUGCCCGGCUGGAUAUCAGCUCGAUGGGCCAGCUACGAGAUUUUGUAUGUCAGAUCUCGUAUGGUCGGGACAACAGCCCUUAUGCAGAGACGAAAAUCACGCUAUUGGGAAGAAAGGCAUACCACUCGUGGCGAUUGCAAGCGCAGCAAGCAGUUUCAUCAUUGUCGUGGUUUUGGCUUGCAUCAUUCUUCGCAAGAGGUGGAAAGCCUUUCCCGAUCAGCCCUCUGCAGUUCGAGUUGCUGGAUUUGUCCGGGAGAAAUCUUGUGGCCAAUCAGCUUUGCAGGAUUUGCCAGAGUACACUGAUCUGGCCUCUAUAUACGUGUCCCAACCAAUGGGUGAACCCUCUUUGAAGACAGAUCAUUAUAGGGUGCCUACCAAUAAGCAACCACCUCCACUACCUCCGCCGAGGACUGACGAGGAUUGCGAGGGUUACAUGCUAAUGAAACCUAUAAUGGUGCACUCUGAGAAGCAGUGCUUCGAUGGGAAAGUAUGCUUCGAAUCCUUGAAUGUGUGAGAAUAGAACAGGAAAUUAUCAAUUAACAAGUGUUUGGGGCUUCAAUUAAUUUUGAUUUCGACUAUGAUGAAACAGGUCAAGUAAAACAAUGCAUGUUCCAUCAAAGCUUCAUUGGACCAUAUUAAGCAAACAAAGUCACAGUUAUUUCUAAUUGACUUGAUUGUAGUUACAAUGCAUCUUGCUGGUCAUAGCCAAGAACAAGGUUCGGCUUUUUGCCAGGCCCACAUUCAUCAUAAGUUCUGGCUCUGUAUAUCUUUGUAUUGCUUUUUUUUUGUCUUGAUUCAUUGUCACAAGGGUGAUGUUUGGAAAAAGUAGGCGUAGAUCUGUACGCUAUCGUAUAGGAAAAUGAUGCUUUUUAUCACUUACCUUAUUCAUCAAUAAAGGCAUAAUCAAGAAAGGUAUAACCUCCAUUUGAAGCAGUGGCAUCGACAAUAGGCCCUGCAGUUAUCUCGCUGCCAUAUAUAUGUCUCUUGAAGUGCAUGUAUAAUUGGGUUCCAAACUUGAAUCUAUAUGGGCAUAAUUGGUCAAAUUUCA